AAAAAAAAGGGCUGCAAGAAAAUAUAUAAAUACAGAGGUAAAAGAUUCCUUCUUUCUCAUGGAGAGGGAUUGUGGAUUAUAUUCCGGCCGGUCAACUUCUGCAGCUGGAACAACCUGAGGAUCAAAAGGAGGAAACUUAAAUUCAACACAAUCAGCAGCAGACAUGGUAGGACUCAAACCCUCAGAUGUUCCCCCUCCACUGGGGGUGAAGAUGUCGAGCGCUGGAUUAGCCGCCUGCAUAGCUGACAUUUGCACAUUUCCUCUGGACACAGCCAAAGUCAGACUACAGAUUCAGGGGGAGAAGAAAGCGGUGGAAGGCAUCCGUUACAGAGGGGUGUUUGGCACAAUAGCCACCAUGGUCCGAACGGAGGGCCCCAAGUCUUUGUACAACGGGCUGGUCGCUGGUCUGCAGAGGCAAGUGUGCUUCGCCUCCGUCAGGAUCGGCCUCUACGACAAUGUCAAAAAUUUCUACACAGGCGGAAAAGACAACGCAGGUGUGCUGAUACGCAUCCUCGCUGGCUGCACCACAGGCGCGAUGGCAGUGUCUUUUGCGCAACCCACCGAUGUGGUCAAGGUUCGAUUCCAAGCCCAGAUGAACCUGGACGGUGUGGCUCGCCGCUACAAUGGCACCAUGCAGGCCUACAAGCACAUCUUCCAGAAUGAGGGCAUACGCGGACUCUGGAAAGGCACGCUACCCAACAUCACAAGAAACGCACUGGUCAACUGCACAGAGCUGGUGACAUACGACCUGAUCAAAGAGGCCAUUCUUAAACGUAAACUGAUGUCAGACAAUCUGCCCUGUCACUUUGUAUCUGCGUUCGGCGCCGGCUUUGUUACCACGGUGAUCGCCUCCCCAGUGGAUGUGGUAAAGACCAGGUACAUGAACUCACCGCAGGGCCAGUACAAGAGUGCGAUCAACUGUGCCUGGACCAUGAUGACCAAAGAGGGGCCCACAGCUUUCUACAAAGGGUUUGUACUCUCGUUUCUGAGGCUGGGAUCGUGGAACGUUGUGAUGUUUGUGACAUUCGAACAAAUCAAGAGAGCCAUGAUGGUCACCAAGAAGAGGAUCGAGGACCCAAAUUGAGAUUUUUGUACCUAAACAUUUGGCUGACAAACCUGAAGCACCACAGGAUGAAGGAAAAUAAAGAAUAUCAAUUCUUUCCGUGGUGACAAAGAAAACCGUCCUUUGCUGAAAGAAGAGAAAUGGACAAGCUACCUUGUAUUUGACUUUAUGUGUAAUGACCUCAUUCGGUCAAAUGAGUUUGCACUUCAAAGGGGAUUCUGGUAUUUUCCUUGUUGUCACCAGACUCUGAGCAAAGACCCAGAAUAAGAAUUUGAGCCAGUUAUUGGUGAAUUAAAAAGCACUUUUAGUGGAUAUUUUGUGGACUGACACAGUUGCCCCAUAGGAUUACAUUGUAGCCACUGCUGCUGUUUCGCAGCUGCUACAGGGGCGAUUCCAAAAAGUCUGAAUCAAUAACACGAUCACAGGCUGAGAAAUACCAGAAUUCCCCUUUAAGAUCUGAACAUUUAAAUCUGCCAGUUAAACAUUUGAGGCAGCUUAAAGCAGUGCACCUUCCUGUUCAAAAUAAUAAAUUGUAAAGCGUCUUUUUGAAAGUUCUGAAUAUAUUUGACAUGUUUUACAGACAGUCUAUUGUAUUUUGUUUUUAAACUUGGACAUGAAACCCA